AUGCUGUCCACGUCGUCGACGACGAUGCAGACGAUGCACAAGUUUUAUCGGCUGCGUGCGCCCAGGGCAACAACACUGAUACGAGCACGCCAACACCAACUCCAACAACAGCUUCGGCACCAGUCAAACGGAACGGGCUCCACUGGCGUUGCCUCCGAGGGCGCGUCGCUCGAGCCUCCCCCAGCAGGCGGACACCUCCCGUCCAUCGCAACUUCGCGAUUAUUGAAGUCGACACGCGACGGCGCGUUACGCACUCCCGGAAUCAAAUGGACCGACGAGGAUGACACCACUCCAACGCGCGAAAUCAUCGGCGGACGCGAUGCGCGCAAAAUGAACGUAUACCAGGCAGUUCGGGAUGCUAUGAGUCAUGCGAUGAUGAAGGAUGACACGGCAAUAUUAUUCGGAGAGGACGUUGCAUUUGGUGGGGUAUUCAGAUGUUCCAUGGGACUUGCGGAGGAGUUUGGUCAAGAACGCGUAUUCAACACUCCACUCACAGAGCAAGGCAUCGUAGGCUUCGGUAUCGGACUUGCAGCAAUGGGCCAUACCGCAAUAGCAGAAAUCCAGUUCUCGGAUUACAUAUACCCUGCAUUCGACCAAAUCGUAAACGAAGCCGCGAAAUACCGAUACCGCUCCGGAGGUCAAUUUAACGCAGGCGGUCUUACUAUUCGCACACCGACCAUGUCUGUCGGUCAUGGUGGUCUUUAUCACUCUCAGAGUCCUGAGGGAUUCUUUCUUGGAGCCUCAGGGAUAAAGAUUGUCAUCCCUCGUUCACCAAUCCAAGCAAAGGGUCUCCUUCUCAGCUCAAUUCGAGAUCCCAACCCGGUAAUAUUCAUGGAACCUAAAGUUCUCUACCGUUCCGCAGUCGAACAAGUCCCAAUAGACGACUUCCAACUCCCCCUCUCCUCCGCCGAAGUCCUGACAAGGGGGUCAGACCUCACACUCCUCUCCUGGGGCACACCUCUCUACCACUGCGAAACAGCCAUGCACCUGCUCACUUCCCCUCCUCCUACGCUCUUCCCCUAUAUACCUAACUCCCUGCGCUCUGCAAAUAUAGAAUUGAUUGAUCUUCGGACGAUCUUACCGUGGGACGUGGAGACGAUUGAGGAGAGCGUGAAGAGAACUGGGAGGUUGGUUAUUGUGCAUGAGGCAAGUGUGACGGGUGGGGUUGGUGCGGAAAUUGCUGCUGAGAUACAGAAGAGGUGUUUUUUGAGGUUGAAGGCGCCUGUGAAGAGAGUUGCUGCUUGGGAUCUCCCGGCUGCACUGCAGUACGAGAAGUUCCUCAUCCCGGACGCUAUCAGGGUUUUAGACGCAUCAUACACUGGAGCAGAUGCACGCCCGUACGGAAUGGUUACGUACAAGGCUAGAGCGUUUGAUGAGGAGAGAAACGUGGAAAGGGAAGGAGGUGUAGACGAACGUAUCGUCGAAACCUAA